ACAGAUUAGAUUGGGCUUUAGGAGUGUCUGUCUACUUAGAAGGAGGAUGAAAUUUAACAAAUAAUAUUUACUGAUAAAAUAAUAGAAUCCUCUAGCAAAACAAUUCUGAUUGCUGCUGCCAAUAGUUCCAUAGUUGUAAAAUAAUAUCUAAAAUUUGAAGGUAUUGAAUUAUUUAAAUGGCCCUCUCAAUCACCAGAUAUGAAUCCGAUUGAGAAUGUUUGGGUAUGGGUUAAAAAUUAGCUAGAGAUUUAUUCAUAAGAAUAAAUUUUAAGAUUAAAAUUAGCUAUGAAAACAAGCUUAAAUUGCUUUUUUCUGAGAGUGUGUACUAAUUUAAUAAGACACAUGUAUUUAAAUUACUAAAAUAGAAUAAAUGAAUUAAUCAAAAAUGCAAGGAAUUCUACAAAAUAUUGA